CAGCUGUUGUUGAUGCGGAAUUUUGUGUGAAAUUACGAGGAACGUUCAUAAUGGAUCUUGAGUAUCAAGGGGUGUUAACGGACUUAUAUUGCAACAGUUGCAAGGAAAAAAUUUCCUAUUCAAAUGGAUGGAAACACUCAUGUUUUGGGGACGCGGACUUUGAUAAUCUAAUCCGCGUGGGAAAUGUUAUCUUUAUUCAAAAAGACAAAAAAGUAGAAAAUGGAGAGGAAUUAUUACCAAAAGUGUCAGCUAAUAAGAAAUUAGUACAUCUCAAUUUACAAAAGCCACCUACAUUGCCACUCUCACUUAAGCCGGGUGAUCAAGAAAAGAAAUAUGUUUCGCAGCCAGUAUUAAAAACAAAUGAUAACAUGAAAGUUGUCAUGUCUCCAUCCAUUCUCAACAUUGAAAAGGGGAAAUUCGUAAAUCUUCAUUUUAAAAAUGCUUCUGUACUGUCACUUAGUCCGGUUGAUAAAAAAGAGAAAUAUAUUCUGCAGUCAGCGUUGGACAAAAAUGAUAACGUCAAAGAGAUUAAUAAUUCAUCUAUUGGAACAAUUGAAAAUAAAAAAGUCUUUCCCCUUAAGACAAAUUUUCAUAAGACUGACAUUAUAGACGAUUUUUCCGAUUACACAAAAGGAAUGGAAAAUUUUUAUUUUGAAGAUGGAAAAAGCACAUUGGCUGCAGGAAAUAAUUUCCAGAAAGUUUCUGAAAAUAUUGAAGUUGUGAAUUCUAUGUUUACUGAUUUGCCAAUCAAUCCUGUAUAUAAAAAACAAGGCAAUAACAUUGACGUAAAUAGUAGUAGAACAGAUGAGGAGAGUGAAGAAAAUUUAAUAGCACUGUUGGAGUUGGUCAGGCAAAACGAAUGUAUUUGGAAUUUCACCUUACCGCUUGAAAAAAGAAAUAAAGUUUUAAUCGGUGAUGCUUGGUACAAUAUUGCCAAUAAAUUUAAUGGUUGGACUCCCAGGAUUGCCAAAGAUAAGUAUACUUCAUUAAAAGAAACGUUCAUGCGGCGAAUAUCUAAACCGCGAAGCGGAUCAGCAGCUAAAGUUAAAAAAUUUUGGGUUUACGAUGAACACUUCUCUUUUCUUAGAGGAAUAAUGGCCCCUGGUAGUACAAUAUCUAACAUUGCACUCGAACCACCUGAGGAAUCAAGCAGUGAUAAUGCAAGUGCUCUCGGUUUUGAGAAAAAUAAAGAAGCAGAAUUGUCGGUGUCAUGUAAAAGGAGAAGAUCUCUGGAUCCACUGGAAAUAGCACUUAUUGAAAAUUUAAAUAAUAAAAAAAAUCAUCGUGAAUCUCGAAAAGCAGAGGAUGAAGUUCAUCAAUGGGCACUUUGGAUUUCUCAAGAAUUGCAUAAAUUUCCAAGUGCAAACAGGCUUGAAAUACAGUCUGCUAUUACAAAUUAUAUUUUUCAAAAGAAAAUGACGUUAACAGCACAAAACUAAUAUUAAUCUUA